AUGUGGUAUGAUAUCGAAUUGCUGUCCUUUUCUGUCUUGUUCGUUUAUUCGCUGGUCUCAUGUGGCAGGUUCGGCAUGCGUCGGCGCUCCAAAAAGGGCGAAUAUCGGUUCCCGCAACGCGUCGAGGGUCGUAUUCUUGCCAACGAUCGGAACGCCGCCCACGCCAAGGUGAUCGAAGCAUGGAAACAGGCCGAACAGCAACUUUUGGAUUCUGGUCGACCGGUGGCGGCUACGCGGCCGAUUGCAUCAAUCGUGCUCGGAGGGUUCUCUACAGCUGUCGCGGCUCCGGAAUUCGCCAAUUCGGCCGCGUGGCGUGAAGCCGAGCAAAAGGCGCUUACAAGCGCACGUGCUUCUGAAGGGAAGUCGCCCGAUGAUCUGUGGAAUGAUUGCUGCCUGGAGUACGAAGUACUGUGGAGCGCUCUUGAGGGUCAGAAGACUAGGCUGCGGAAAGCGGUACAAGACAACAAGAGCGUCCACGCGCAAGUCCGGUUUCCUAUCACUUGCCGCAAUACUUCUAUUUCGAAGCCUCCGGAAACGUCACAGUUUCAGUUCGAGAAUGUGCACAAGCACGUCGGUGAGCAGCACCGCCGUUGGACGACUCUCAACGGCGAAGUAGUGAAGCCGGUGAUCGACUUCAUGCGGCCUCCGCCAGCUCAAGAGGACCCGGAUACGACCCUCAUCGAACUCGUUUAUACAUUGCAACCCGAGUCAGACGCGCACGCCUCGCUCGCGAAGUCGUUCGCCCAGGGGAUCGGCUGCGUCCAACAGGCCGAAACCGGCCGGCAAAGAGGCGUCAUGGCGCUAAACCAUUGCACCAACACCCAAGCAUCGAACCAAAGCCAAAUUCGUUUCCAGACCGUCGAGCCGGUUCGCGACCGGCAGGCGGUCGGCAACACCCACUCGAGCCCGGCCAUCGACCCGCCCGAUGAGGUCUCAAAGCACGACAAGUCGGUUGUCAAG